AGAAAAAUAACUGAACAAAAAUGAAGAAUAAAUGUUUGAAAAAUGAAUGUAAAGAAAUUAUAUUAUAACAACAGAUGAAAAAGAGAAGGCAAAAAGUGAUUUGGUACAAAGGAAAUAGAAUUUUGACUAGAAAGUAAAGGGGAGCUCUUGGGUAGGUAACCACGUUUAUGGAUCUCUGUAUAUCGAAAUUCCGUUGGUCUAUGGCGUCAAUGUUAAUCUAGAAACAUUAAAUCAGCAGUUCAUUAGAGCACCAUUAUCCUGGUUUCUCUUAAUGGUUUCUAUGAUAAAUGGGCCAUUUAUUUAAAUCAAAAGGGAAAUUAACUGGCUGAUACAUCUUUAAACUGGCUAUUUGGUAACCGAUUUCAGAUGGGUUUGUAGAGCCACGUGUCAGCUUAUGAAAAAAAGGAGAUUUAAUUUUGGUUUUUGCUUUUUUCUUUUCAUUAUUUUCUCCUUGUCUCUCUCUUCGCGAUCUCCGUCUUCUCUCUUGAUCUCCGUCUUCUCUCUUCUCUCUUGAUCUCCGCCGGCAAUGAUUCAUCGCUAUCAGUCCGAUCCGUAACCGACGAAGCCAACCUCCACCUCAAUCUCAUCUCCUCCUUCUCUAGCUCUUCUCUCAGCCCAAAACUCAAGUCUUCUCCAGAAUCUCUGAUCUUGGUUCCUCUCUGAUUGCAUGCCGGCGACCACUCCAUCUAAGAAAAAGGGAGGGGUGAUGAGGAUUGGAUCGAUCAGACCCAAGUAUGAGUUCGAUGAUGAGGAUUCGAUCGAUCUUGCAUGUUUCCAUCUCCACGAAGCUGGGUGUGUUUGUUCAGUGGAUCCUUGCGUUUUUGUGGAUCUUCAAGGCCUUUGUCGAGUAUUGUCUUCGUGGUUGAAGGUGUUGUGGCUAGGACAUCAACUUCUUCGCAACCACUACCUGAGACUAUCGUAAGGUAAUUUUCCACAACUUCACUCUUAAAGUGAAGCUUUAUUCUUUAUUGCUCUUGUCUGGAAAGUAGUGUGAGGUAGGUAAUAAAUAUGUUAGAUUCAUGUCAACUCAUGUAAUAAACUCAUUCUCUUCUCCUCUAUUAAAUCUGAUUCCUUCUAUAUUUCUUUUCAUCUUCUCGAAAGCAUCUUUCUUAUCUUUCUAUUUGUCUGCUAACACAUUUCUUCUUUUUUCAAAUUUCUUCUACAUUUGGCUCUAUGGAUUAAAUGAAUCCAUAUACUGAGACCUCCAAUUUUGUUGACCUUCUUACAAGUCAACAAGGUUAUGUCCCUCCUCAACCCUUUCGUUAUGAUGGUUUCUCGCAUGGUGGGGAUGUCGGAUCAUCACAAGUCCCUGUGUUUAGUACUCACUAUACUGACACUGCUAGCAUCGGUGAAGAGACACCAUCAGAGCGAAGAGAAAGAAAGAAAUGGACUCUUACCAAGGAUGUUAUGCUUAUUAGCGCAUGGUUGAACACCAACAAGGACCCUGUUGUAGGCAACGAGCAAAGAGCUGGUGCUUUCUGGAAGCGUAUAGCUGCUUACUUUGCAGCUAGUCCAAAGGUUCAAGGUGGUGAAAAGCGAGAGUCAAUCCAGUGUAAGCAGAGGUGGCAGAAGAUAAACGAUAUUGUUUCCAAGUUUUCUGGAUCCUAUGAGGCGGCAACAAGACAGAAGACAAGUGUAAUGAAUGAGAAUGAUGUAGUUAAGCUAGCACACGAGAUCUUCCACAAUGAUCACAAGAUUAAAUUCAAUCUUCAACAUGCGUGGGAGGAGCUGCGGUUUGACCAGAAAUGGUGUGAAGUAGCUAGUAGCAAGCUUGAUGGAAGCUGUAAGAAGAGAAAGUGUGACGAUGGUGCUCAGUCCUCAAGCUCUCACGCAACCACCAAUGAUGGUGAGCAACGUCCUCCUGGUGUUAAGGCAUCAAAACGAGGAAGUGGUAAGAGAACCAAUGAAGACCUCAAGGAUCUCUCAGAGAUAAAGAGCUUGUGGGCAAUUAAGGAGAAAGAUUUGGAAGUGAAAGAAAGAUUGUCCAAGAUGGGGCUGCUUGAGACUCUCAUUGCCAAGAAAGAGCCACUCUCUGAAUUUGAAGAAGCUUUAAAGACGAAGCUUAUUUCAGAAAUGUUAGGCGGCUCAGUGUAGUUCUCAUUGUUGCUCUGUAUCAGGCGGCAACACUUACCGAAGGGGUGGAGCAUUGGAAGUUGUCUUCUGGUCUUAUGUGUCACGGACGUGGAAAAGCGGAGGUUGUUUUGUUGUUUUCUUGUGUCAGUCUUGUGGUCACGGAAGUAUCUGUGUCAUACUGUCAUUGUUGGUUUGUUGUGUCAUGGAAGUAGCUAUUGUUUUGUUGUUUUGUUGUGUCACGGAAGAAGCUUUGUCUUAGUUUUUUUGGUGUGUCACAAGACUGUUCGAUAUGUUUGUUGUUUUGUAGUCUCAUUGGCUUUAAAAUGAGAUCGAGUCUUUGUGACUUUUGUAAUGAAAGUAUUAUGUUCUCCUCUAUUACAUUUCUAGUCUCAGUAUUCUCAAUCACAAAUAAUCUCUUUCUCAUAUUCUCAAUCACAAAUAUUUCUAGUCUCAGUGUUCUGUUAUUAAAAUAUCAUAUUCUCUUUCUCAUAUUCUCUUUCGCAUGGUGUGAUCGACAUUGUUGAUUAAGAAUGGUGAAAAGAGAAUAAAGGUUCAACGUUAAGUCCGUAAGCAUGGCAUCUUCUUCUCAUAAUGAUUCUGAUAAUUUUGAUCAAGCUUUUGAUCAAUAUUUUGAUGAACGUUUUGAUCAAACGUACGAAAAUCUUGUCGUUCCCUAUAGUGGUCAACAAGAGGAGAGGCCGGAAAGGAAAAAACGUGUUUAUAUCGAAAGAAACUAUGAAACAUGCCAUAUACGUUUAUGGAAUGAUUAUUUCAGUGAUACUCCGACGUAUCCUGAAAAUUUAUUCCGACAACGAUUUAGAAUGAACAGGCGAUUGUUCAUGCACAUUGUUGAUCGACUCUCUAACGAAGUUCACUCCUUUCGCCAAAAGAAAGAUGGUCUUGGAAGGCUUGGGCUCUCUACACUCCAAAAGUGUACCGCAGCUAUUCGUGUCUUGGCAUAUGGUACUGCGGCUGAUACGGUCGACGAAUACCUCCGUCUCGGUGAAACUACAACUCGGGCGUGUGUGGAAAAUUUUGUGUAAGGAAUAAUAAAUUUAUUCGGCGAUGAGUACCUAAGAAGACCAACACCCGCUGAUCUUCAACGUCUACUUGAUAUUAGUGAGCAGCGUGGAUUUUCCGGGAUGAUAGGGAGCAUCGAUUGUAUGCAUUGGGAGUGGAAGAAUUGUCUCACCGCUUGGAAAGGGCAAUAUUCUCGUGGUUCGGGUAAACCAACCAUCGUUUUAGAGGCGGUUGCUUCAUAUGAUCUAUGGAUAUGACAUGCAUUUUUUUGACCUCCAUGUACCUUAAAUGAUAUCAAUGUCCUUGAUCGCUCACCUGUUUUUGAUGACAUAAUAAACGGUCAAGCUCCGCAAGUCACUUACUCCGUCAAUGGAAGAGAGUAUCAAUUGGCUUACUAUCUCACCGAUGGUAUUUACCCGAAAUGAGUAACUUUUAUCCAAUCUGUUCAAGUACCACAAGGCCCGAAAGCAGUUUUAUUUGCUCAACGUCAAGAAGCGGUCCGAAAAGAUGUCGAGCGUGCUUUUGGAGUUUUGCAAGCUCGUUUUGCCAUUGUUAAGAAUCCAUCACUUUUUUUGGAUAAAGUCAAAAUAGAGGAUAUUAUGAGAGCAUGUAUCAUACUCCAUAAUAUGAUAGUAGAAGACGAACGAGAUGGAUACACUCAAUUUAAUGUUUCAGAGUUCCAACAAGGAGAAGAAGCCGGAAGUUCAUAUGUCGAUCUCAUGUAUUUUACAGAUAUGCCUUCAAAUAUCGUCAAUAUGAUGGGUGUUCGAACACAAAUUCGUGAUAAACAAAUGCAUCAACGCCUGAAAGCUGAUUUGGUUGAACAUAUAUGGCGUAAAUUUGGACGUGAUGAAGACAACAAUUGAGCUCCGAUGCUUCUUUCAAAUUAUUCUCAUUUAUUUUACUAAUCUUUGUUUUUAUGUUUUUAUUUUAAAUUCUAUGUUGAAAAUGUUAUCUUUUAAUAUGUUUUAUUUUAUAAAUAAAUUUUAUGUAACAAAAUAAGUUUAUAAUUUUUUUUUAAGAACCCUUAAUUAAAAAAACUACCAUUGGAGGCACAAAAUCGAACAGUUUCUUAACUAGAUUUCUUAAGUCCAAUAAGAAUACUUAUUUACUUAAAUAAUCAUUUAGAAACACUAAUGAGUUUCUUUUUUUUUUUGACAUCACACUAAUGAGUUUCUAUGGAUAAAGAUGCUCUUAAAAAUGCUCAUAAUUUAUAUCUUGAAUAUAUAAAUGAACUUGUUUUUAAAAAAGGAAUAAAAAAAUGAACUUAAUAACGUAAUAUAUAAUUGAAAUGUUUACAGUAUUUAAAUUCACGAAGUGACGUUUUUUCAAACCUUGUUGCUUUUCUUAAUGGUUUUUCUUUUCGUUUCUUGAUGUGAAUAUGUAAUACACGGAUUCAUUUGAACAUCUAUAUUUUUGUUUUCAAAGAAUCUUAUUGUAAGAAGAGUACAUAAAUUAUGCUCUUUUUCAAAAAAGAAAAAGAAAAGAAGAGUACAUAAAUUAAGUAACUACCGUAUAUUAAUAUGCUUGACUGUAAUCUUCUAGUUUCUUUCAAACAAAAAACUAGAAUCUUCAAGUUGCCCUAGCUAGUUCCUGCAGCUGUACAAGAUAACCUUAAUCUUGCUUGACAUGGCAUGGGAGAUAUGAUUUCUUAUCAAAUGAAUAUGGUUCUUAUCAAAUGUAUAUGGUUUGAUAAUUGAUCAUUUGGAAGCUUAAGUAAUCUUAUAUAUUUUAAAGUAUUGCACCAAAAAUAUAUUUUAAAGUAGAAAGGUCUUUAACUAAGUACAAAAACUCAGGCGAAAUAGUUUUGUUACGUGUAUACAGAUCGGCGCACUUGUAAAAAUACCAGAAAUGUUCCAUGCACUUUCCGAUUUUAGUAUAAUUAGCCGCUUUUAAUGAGGAACACUAGAUAUGUUGACAAGAAAAAUAAUUGAAAAAGUUUAAGGCGUGGAGUAAUCGAAGGAUAAUCACGUAAACCUUAAAAAUAAAUUUAGGAGAAUAUUUAUUCUUCGCUUUACAAUAUAUCUAAGUUUCUUUCACAAUUUUUCUGUUUUUUUCUCCGCACGAAACUUUGGAGAAUGCUCAUAAUCGAAUCAAGAAAAUGGAUCCAAAAAUGUUGUUCUGUCUACCAGAAGGAGAUGCAUUGUUUAAUCCACUCAAUACAAUGUUUAUUCAAAUGGCUUGCAUUCUCGUCUUCUCUCAGUUCUUCUAUCUUUUCCUUAAACCCUGUGGCCAAGCUGGUCCCGUUGCUCAAAUUCUCGCUGGGAUUGUAUUGAGUUUGCUCACAAUAAUCCAAAAAGUCCACGAUUUCUUCCUCCAAAAAGACUCAGCAAGCUAUUACAUCUUUUUCUCAUUUCUUUUACGAACAUGUUUCAUGUUCUUGAUCGGUCUCGAACUUGAUCUUGACUUUAUGAAACGAAACUUGAAGAACUCCAUUGUCAUAACCUUAGGCUCCUUAGUCUCUUGUGCCAUCAUCUGGAUCCCUUUCCUCUGGUUCCUCGUUCGUUUUCUACAUAUCAAAGGGGACAUCUUAACGUUGUACGUAGCCUUCCUGGUUACCUUAUCGAACACGGCAUCUCCUGUGGUCAUCCGCUCAAUCAUUGACUGGAAACUCCACACAUCUGAGAUCGGAAGGCUAGCGAUAUCCUGCGGAUUGUUCAUCGAGAUGACCAACAUUUUCAUCUACACUAUGGUCAUUGCUUACAUCUCCGGGAAAAUGACAGGAGACAUCUUUGCCUACACAUUUGCCACGGUUGUUAUAAUUUUCAUCAAUAGAUUCUUAGCUUCAUGGCUCCCUAAAAGAAACCCUAAAGAGAAGUACCUCUCCAAAGCUGAAACGCUCGCUUUCUUCAUCCUUAUUCUAAUAAUUGCGUUAACCAUUGAAUCCAGCAACAUAAACUCAACUGGUUUCGUGUUCUUGGUUGGACUAAUGUUUCCAAGAGAAGGUAAAACUUACAGAACGAUGAUCAACCGGCUGAGUUACCCGAUUCACGAGUUUGUUCUUCCGGUUUACUUUGGUUACAUCGGGUUUAGAUUCAGCGUCCACUCUCUAACCAAACGUCAUUACCUAGUCCUCUGUAUGAUAGUGGCUUUAAGCAUGGUAGCAAAGCUUCUAGGAGUCUUAUGUGCAUGCUUAUUCCUUAAGAUCCCAAAGAAGUAUUGGCUUUUCUUGUCUACGAUUCUUUCAGCGAAAGGCCAUAUUGGUCUGGUCCUCCUCGACUCAAACUUGACCUACAAGAAAUGGUUUACUCCGAUAAUUCAUGAUAUGCUCAUUGCGACACUGGUGAUCACGACUUUGUUAAGCGGAGUAAUAUCUUCUCUAUUACUUAGAACGCAAGAAAAGGGUUUCUCACACCAAAAAACAUCGCUUGAGUUCCAUGAUACCAAAGAGGAGCUACGUGUGCUGACUUGCGUCUACGGUGUGCGUCAAGCUCGUGGACUAAUCUCUCUAAUAUCUGCUCUAAAUGGAGUUUCUUCUUCACCUUUCACACCUUAUCUCAUGCACCUCAUACCUCUCUCCAAGAAGCGGAAAACAGAGCUAUUGUACCACGAACUAGACGAAGAUGGAGUGAACUCCAAUGGAGGAGACGAUGAGUUCGGGACCAACGAAGGACUAGAGAUAAAUGACUCGAUAGACUCAUUCACUAGAGACAGAAAGGUCAUGAUCCGGCAAGUAAAACGAGUAGCGCUGAUGGAGAACAUGCACGAAGAGAUCUGUAACGGGAGUGAAGAUCUUCACGUCUCCAUCGUGUUUCUUCCGUUCCAUAAACACCAGAGGAUCGAUGGCAAAACUACAAACGACGGGGAAGUGUUUCGGGAUAUGAACCGGAAGGUUCUGAAGCAAGCACAGUGUUCGAUCGGUAUCUAUGUGGAUAGAAACAUAACCGGGUUCCACCAGCUUCACGGGUUUGAGUCGGUACAACACGUCGCUGCAUUGUUCUUUGGUGGUCCUGAUGAUCGAGAGGCUCUGUCCUUGUGCCAGUGGCUUAUCAAUAACUCUCAGAUUCACCUCACUAUCAUACAGUUUGUCGCUUAUGGCUCGGAGACAGAGAAUCUUGUCGGAGACGCGGUGACCAAAGAAAACAACGAUGUUUUGAUGGAGAUUGUUGGUAACGAUCAGACAAACGACGAAACUGAUCGAACUUUCUUAGAGGAAUACUAUAACAGAUUUGUAACGACGGGGCAAGUUGGAUUCAUAGAGAAGCGAGUAAGCAACGGAGAGCAAACACUGACGAUUCUGAGAGAGAUAGGAGAGAUGUAUUCACUGUUUGUGGUGGGGAAAAACAGAGGUGGUUGCCUAAUGACGUCAGGAAUGAACGAUUGGGAAGAGUGUCCGGAACUAGGAACGAUCGGAGAUUUCUUGGCUUCAUCAAAUAUGGAUGUAAAUGCUUCUGUAUUAGUAGUUCAAAGACAUAGACACUCAUUUGAAAUCUUUGUGGAUGAAUAG